AUUUUUUAUUAUUGUGGUUGUCUGAUUCUCUCUCAUCAGAAACUUUUCAAGCCUGCCUGACGAUGAAUUCAAGCUCUUCUUCUAGUUCUAGUCCUCAAUCCAUGGCUACAUCUACUUCCUCUGAUCUUGCUGGUAAGAAGAUUAGGAAACCUUACACUAUUACUAAAUCUAGAGAAAGUUGGACUGAUGAAGAACAUGAUAAGUUUCUUGAAGCUCUUCAACUAUUUGAUCGAGACUGGAAGAAAAUCGAGGACUAUGUUGGUUCUAAGACAGUGAUUCAGAUUAGGAGUCAUGCACAAAAGUACUUUUUGAAGGUUCAAAAGAAUGGUACAAUUGCCCAUGUUCCUCCUCCUCGUCCCAAGCGCAAAGCUGUUCAUCCCUAUCCCCAUAAGGCAUCAAGAAAUGCUUUCGAACCAUUGCAAGGAUCCGAGGAUUAUCCUUCUAUUUUGAGUAGCUUUGCAGCAGGAAAUUCCAUAUGGGAUGAGACAUCUGUUAUUUUAAGCUCAGCAUCUAAUGAAAAUGAGCUCUCUCCUGAUGAUUAUACUAUUAUUCACGGAGAUGGAGAUGAUAUUGGAUUGAAGGAGGUAGUAAGUAUUGGCAGCAGCGGCAUUAGUGUCAUGGGAAGCUCAAGUAGGAUUCCCGACAUUCAGAAGCAGGUUAUACCGGACUUCGCUGAAGUUUAUGGCUUCAUUGGGAGCGUGUUUGAUCCAGACACAAAUGGUCAUAUGCAGAAGCUCAAGGACAUGGAUCCCAUUAAUUUUGAAACCGUCUUGCUGUUGAUGAGAAACCUUACACUCAACCUUUCUAACCCUGAAUUUGGGACCAUGAGAAAUGCGCUAUCCUCAUAUGAUGGAGACACAGAAGCAGGAGACACGGAUGCAGGAGAUAUUGCUAUGGACAGCAAUCAAAACCAUCUCUCAUGUUGAGCUGCUUACAACUUGUUGACCUGUAUGUUGUUGCCUCAUGAAAUCUCUUUUUCACACUACUCUGUUGUUAUGAACCUAGGUUAGUAGAUACUAAGACAUCCUCCUCUUAUGGGCAAUUGCUUUUGGGAUGUAUUCGUCGGGUACUUGAAAUGGUAUCAAAGCCGACCCCACGUCCAAGGUUUGUGUCUUGGAAAGGAAACCAUUGGCUGGAUUAAGAUGCCUUUGGAAGGGUGAGUAGCAACCCACUGUCGGUUCAAUGGACUAUAAACUUUGGAAGCGUGGUGGAGUACAGUGAUCCUAGGUUAACUAGCUACCUAAACUUUCGCUCCUGAUAAGCGACUGCUCGAGGUGUACAUGUCAGGUCCUUUUUACAUGAAAACCCUUUUCUGGUCCUAAGUGGGAGUCCAAAAUAGGAUGUUUAAAACUUUAAAUGUACAGUUCUUGGUCCCGCUGUACCCAAAUGGGUGUUUAGUAAGACACUGAGAGUUAGCAUGGAGGUGAUAGGAGAAUUUGGGCAAACAGUAUGCUUAAAAAGUGCCUUUCAGUGUGUACGUAGCACAAUGUAAAGGGAUAACUGGUAUCCAGUUUGAAUAUGCAAUUCAGAUCUUCUGCUGUUACACCC